CCCACCACAACAAUACAAUACAAUACGUCCCCAAAAUCCAACCACCACUUUUCAUUAGCCACAACCCCCAAAUCCAAUCAUUCAAAUCAUUUUCCCCGAAUCAAACAAACCCUAAUUUGGCUUUCCAGUUAACAAUCAGUCAAUCACCAUGGUCAAGUUCAAGUUCAAGUUCCUCAACCUUAUCCACUACUGCACCAUUCUUCUUCUCAAAAUGGCCGUAUUCUCGUCGUCACUCGCCCUAUCCCAUCACCUGCACCCAGUGGUGUUGAUCCCCGGCAACGGCGGGAACCAGCUGGAAGCCAGGCUUACCCGAGAGUACAAUCCGUCAAGCCUGUGGUGCAACGGCUGGUACCCCUUCCCCUGGAACAAGGACCGAGACGGCUGGUUCCGACUGUGGUUCGACCCGGGCGUGCUGCUCCGACCCUUGACGAAAUGCUUCGCGGAGAGGAUGACUCUGUACUAUGACCCGCAGCUGCGGGAUUACUAUAAUGCCCCCGGCGUCGAUACCAGAGUCCCUGGCUUUGGCUCCAUUGACUCCCUCCUUUAUCUCGACCCUAAUCUAAAGCACAUUACAGCUUACAUGGAACCAUUAGUGAGAUCUCUCGAAGAAAUAGGCUAUGUAAGCGGAGAGAACCUCUUCGGCGCGCCGUACGACUUCCGGUACGGCCUGGCCGCACAAGGCCAGCCUUGCCGGGUCGCCGACGACUUCAUUUCCGACCUCGAACGUCUCGUCGAAUCCGCCGCCGCAUCCAACGGCGGCCACCGGGUCAUCCUCGUGACCCAUAGCUUAGGCGGCUUGUUCGCCCUCCACAUGCUCGACCGGACGGCGCCGUCGUGGCAUAAAAAGCACAUCAAGCACUUGAUCACGCUGUCCGCCCCGUGGGGCGGCACCGUCGAACAAAUGCUGACAUUCGCAUCCGGAAACGCGUUGGGCGUGCCACUAGUUGACCCGUUGUUAGUCCGGGCCGAGCAGCGGAGUUCCUCAAGCAACCUGUGGCUAAUGCCGUCCCCCCGGGUGUUCGGAGGGACGACGACGACGAUGACGCCGCUCGUCGUCACGCCCGAGACGUCGUACGCGGGUUCGGACAUCGCGCGUUUCCUCGCCGACAUUGGGUUCCCCGAAGGGGUCCAGCCUUACGAGGAGCGGAUUCGGCCGUUGGUCGAUAGGCCGUUGCCGGUGCCAGAGGAGGUCCCGGUGACGUGCAUUGUCGGGAGCGGGGUGGAUACGGCGGAGAAAUUGGUGUACGGGGAAGCGGGGUUCGACGGGAGGCCGGAGGUCGUGUUCGGAGACGGCGACGGGACGGUAAACAUGAAGAGCUUGCUGUGGCUGGAAGCGGAGGCGGCGGAUCGCGGCGGCGGCGGAAAUUGGACGGCGGUUAAGGUGGUUAAAUUGGCGGGAGUUUCUCAUACGUCUGUACUGAAGGACAGGGAAGCACUUGAUCGGAUAAUUGAGGAAAUUGGGGCCGUCAAUUCGGAGAUUUUGACACCCAAUUUGGUGAAGUGGUCGUGAAAUCAAUUUUUAUUACAACA